CGCGAGGUGUCGGUGCAAGGAGUGACAGACAGUCACACGUCUCUCCUUAUCCAACAGCAGGGGCCCUCGAAGUAUGUUGACAGGCUAGGAAUCCGGCACAUUCUGGGCCAGACAGAGAUUAACAUUCAACGAUGCCCCCUAAGGACCACUUUGUUGCAUGACACAUACUUUUGCUAUUAAUCUAUUUCGUUACUGUUGCGGCCCAUAGCUGCUACCCUAGGCCCUUAUUCUCAGCGUAAAGUUCACAAUCACAGCAAUAAGCAGGAAAAAACAAAGCAUCGUAGGGCCAAACCGAUCGUCGUAAGGUCCAGAUCCACGUCUUCUGAUGGCAGCGGCUCUCCAAUGGUAUGUGACCAGUGCAUAGAUCAUGGUGCCCAUAGCAAUCAACGUAAAUAAAGAGGCCGAGAUUCUCCCCACUUUAUCGCCAAAGUUGAGAAGACCAAUAGCCAGCGAUCCAAGAACCACGGUGAAGUUCAGCCACGAAAGGAAUGUUCUCUCGUUGGCAAAAAACACUUUAGGCUCGACCCUGGUGGGCAGGGCAAUUCGCUUGCCGGGAGCUGUAUGUUAGAGCUGCCUUGAUGCAGCAGUCUGCGAUGGCUCAUACUUACUAGCUUGUAGAAGCGGUGCCGAAGACAUGGAGAAGAAUUCUGUCCUAGCAGCAGUAAAAUUAUUGUUAUCACACGUGCGUUAGAUAUGACCAGCUGACGUAAGCACAACCAGCGAAAUAUAUGACAACUUUUUAUGGUGCAGAGAUGGCAUGUCUGUGUUGGAGGUGGAUCUACUCAACGGCGACAAGCUGCCGGUGACCAAAAAAGAACUGGCAGACCAGCUGGACACGCUUUUCAAGGGAGAUGUUUCCGAGUAUGUCGAAAAUGUGCUGGCCAAGCUGACGCAAACAUCUUCCAAGUACAAGUAUGUCGUCAAUGCGCACCUGAUCGAUUCCAAGGAGGCCGAUUGCGGGAUCCAGUCAUUUUUUGGUGCCGCCUGGACAACGGAUGGCUAGUGAUUACCAUAGUUUUUUUACGGCGAGAAUAGAUUAGAGUCGUGACUAUUUUGCUUUGAAGUUGGACAUGAACGUUGGCGUGAAAUUCUCCGGCUGGUAGAGUUUCGAAAUGUGCAUGCAUUCACCGACGAUGAAUUUGAUCUUGCUGUCCUUUAGUCGUUUGCACUCCAGGACCAGCCUCAAAAAGUCGACCGGUAAAUCGUUGAAUACCUCCAAAUACCCUGGCCACGCGUCUAGAUACUGCUGCUCGUUUUCAAACGUGGCGAGGUAUAUGAGGAUGUCGAAGAUGUAGACGUGGUCCUCGAUGAUCUGAGAAUUUUCGACGUAGUUGGAGAACUGUGUGUUGAUGAGAUGUCCGUCGCGCUCCAUGGUCGACUCGAACUUCUUGGUGUCGAUCUUGUUUCUGGCAUUAAGUGCCUGUAGAUAGUGCAACAAGUACGCGUCAUAGACAAGCUCAAAUAGCGACUCAAAUAAUUCUGCAUCCAAGUAUUCCUUGAGCGGAACCAUAUAUGAGUCCACAAUCUGCAGCGACGUUCUCACCAUCUCAUCGCUCUUGUACCACUUUUUGGUGAACACCUCGCUCAGAUACGGGUCAUACUCGACCACAAUGAACCCGUUGAGUUUGACUAAGCAUUCUGUUCCCAGAUUCAGAACAUGCUGCGUCCCCUGGGAAAGAAUGCUCUGGAGUUGGGGAUGGAACUUUGAGUGGACCAUCUGCUCGACCUCCUUGAAUUGACUUUCAAGCCCAUUGACCAGUCGCACGCAGUCGUUUGCAAGAAUUGUGACGUACCGAGGAAGCCAGCCGACGUUCUCGUUGUCCGGGGCCUCGGCGGCGGCGUUCCACUGCCGUGCACCGUUCUCAAGCGCCUCGAUCCAUCUGUCGUAGAACUGGCGAAGAAACUGCGCACAGAAAAAUUGCAGAUACUCUAUCAGGAUCGGGCUGUCCCCAGCGUCGAGCAAAGUGUUCAUGUUGGAACGCAGGAUCUCGAUCAGAAUCUGCGCCAUCUCGAUUCCCAGCUUUUCAGAGGACGAGUCGGACGGUUCUUUCUCCAUGGUGCUGAAAAGCUUCAGCGCUGGACCAAAUGCGUUCUCGGCCCACUCGCGAGUUUUCUUAAUAUUGAAUUCCAGACACUCGUUGAGCAGCCGCCUGCGCUCGUCGGUGCUGAGCAACAAGUACGGCUCGACCUGUUUCUUGGUAAACCCAAACUUUUCCCUGAUAGCCUGCGCAUUGUCGUAGUCAAAAGUGAGCACACGAACGAUAUACGACGAAGGCAGCGUCGGGUCUGCCACAAUGCGCUUCACAACAGCACGCAAGCUGUUCUGGUACCAUUCCAAAAUCUUGUUGAAAAACUUCCAGCUCGCAGGGAACCCACGCUCUGACCCCACUUUGUACGCCACAAGAAUCUCGUAAUAGUUCUCCUCGAUGAUAGAGAGCACCUCAUUCGGGUCUGAGCCUUGCACAAUGGCUUCGAAACUCGUCUCGAUCGACUCGCGGAAAAACCCGUACACCAGUUUUUUGUAGUCGCGCGGAGCAGUGCGUUUGACGUACGUGGCCAGCCUGCUGACAGCCAUUUCGUCCUUGCUUUUAGACUGGGUGAUGAGGUGGUUCAUCAAAGCGAGUCUGAGGUCUUCCUUGUCCUCAAACUCAAGGAUUUUCACCAGUUUCACUAUGAGUCCAAAGUUGGAACAUCCAAUGAUGCUGACAAAGUUAUCGACGAUGAGUCGCAGCAGAUGCUCAAAGCGAGCAACAACAUCAUCCAGACGCAAAAAUGACUGCACCACGAUCGAGCGCAAGCCUGCCCGACUCGCUUCCGACAGGUGCAUGAGCUCAUCCUUAAAGUCGCGCAAUCUGUUCAGUUCGUAAUGGAUGAGCAGAAGAUUAUUUGCCGGAGAGUCUUCUGGAAAAUAGUCAUUUUCAGGAAGUUCUUCAUCGAGCAGCUUGUCCACGUAGGCAAUACGGUUUUCCAAUUGGACAAAGUUGUUGUAUGUGGUCACAACUUUCUCGAAAUUCGAGUACACCACCGACGACUUGUCGAAGAGCUCGUAUUUGUUGAUAUUUGACACAGAUUGCUGUCUGAGACUUUCGACCUUGCUGAGGUUGUCUUUCAGGUUUUUCAGGUCUUUGCUGGACGCCUGCAGGUUUUCCAGGACAGCAGUAAUGAUGGCGAUUCUCUUGUCACACUCAAUCUUCAGUUGCGACCCCACCGACGCCCUCUCUUUCUUCAAGUCAUUACGCAGCAACUCAAUACGCUCAAGGUCGUCCUCGUCGCGUAGGAGAUCGUUUACUUUAG